UUACAGUAUCCUGCUGAUGGUGCUCAACUACUUCCUGCCGAUGACCACGCUCUUCGCCACCUACGUGCGCAUUGGCUGGGAACUCUGGGGUAGUCAGGCUAUUGGCGAGGCCGUUUCCAUGCAGGCCGAGCGAGUCCGCAGUAAAAGAAAAGUGGUGAAGAUGAUGAUUGCUGUAGUGGUCAUCUUUGGAGUCUGUUGGCUUCCCACUCACGUCUACUUCAUCCUGGUCAACGUGCACAAGGACAUCGCCUUAUGGCCCUACAUCCAGCAGGUGUACUUGCUCAUUUACUGGCUAGCCAUGUCCAACUCCAUGUACAAUCCAAUCAUUUACUGCCUGAUGAAUGCCAGGUGA